AUGGCCAACGACCCUCCGUCCGAAAGGGCCAUACCCUCAGGCCUUGCUAACAACAAAUACUCGGCCUCAUUGAGAAAAAGAGGCCCAGGCCAGCGAAGCCGAUCCAGCUUAAAUCCCUCUGUUGCGAACUCUGCUUCUAGCGACGGUGACGACUCCAUUGACGAACUCCUGAAAGCUCCUCGCAAGAGAGCGAAACCCUCGGGUCGGAUUCUUACCCCCAAUAAUGGUAACAAGCCAGCAGUCAUGGUUGAAGUGUCGAUAGGACCAAAACUCCCAUUUACUUCCCCUUCGUCCUCAACAGAUGCGGGUGGUAUCAGCACGACAAACGGAGACACUACGCCUGCCACAACUGCAAAUGUUACCCCAGCAGAGCCUGCCAACCCUAACAAAAAAAGAGUCAACGCAACAGCCCGUUUUCUUGAAUUGCGGUCAAGUACAUUGGGUCUAAUGGGUUCGAAACGUGUUGCCAAUUCUAUGAGUACGGAUGUGUCACCUGAUGAAAGCGCAGAUGAAAACUUAGCCCGUGCGCUUCAAGCAGCAGAGUACAGUAAAAAUCCUAACCAAAAUCCGAGAUAUUCCGGCGGCAGAAGGCGUUCAUUGCGGCCAAAAUUGAUCGCUCCUCUCCCAGCUCGCCGCAGGGCUAGUCAACAGUCUCUUGCGCUUGCCUCCACCAGCACCCGUGGAAAGUUGAGGGCAGCAACACUGAGAGAUAACAUCCCAGACAGUGAAGAGUCUUCUUUAUCCGAAUUAGACUCUUCGGCCAAUCCAGAUACCGGUGACUCUGUAACCGAGAGUUCUUUGAGUGAUGAGGGUUUUAGUGAAGGGGAUGCUACUGAUGGAGAUGCUAGUGAUCCAGAUUCUAGUGAUGGAGAUUCUGGUGAUGGAGAUUCUUCUGUUAUGACUACCAGACGUCCACGACGCGCAAUUACAGUUUCAAGGCAUCCCAACCCUCGGAUUCGAUCGCGGAACGCAGCAGAAUCACGAAUAACUCCACGUACUAUCCGGGAACGCAGAAAACUCGAGCAACAGCAUCCAAUUAUCCAAACAAUGUGGGAUGAUCUUAAAAAAUCCCCCAUGAUCACUCUCACUCCAGCCGUACAACCACCAGGCAUCUCCCGAAAAUUGAAGUCAUUUCAGCUGGAAGGGUUAAAUUGGAUGAUACAACAAGAAAAGUCCCAAUGGAAGGGCGGACUCCUUGGUGAUGAGAUGGGAAUGGGAAAAACGAUUCAAGCAGUCUCAUUGUUGAUGUCUGAUUACCCUAUUGGCAGACCCUCAUUGGUCGUCGUGCCCCCUGUUGCUCUGAUGCAAUGGCAGUCUGAGAUCGAACAACGUACCACUAGUGUAGCAAAAGCCUGCUUUGCCUUGAAGUCAACCUAUAAAUGGUGCCUCUCUGGUACUCCAGUUCAAAACCGAAUCGGAGAGUUCUUCUCGCUUCUGCGAUUCUUAGAGGUUAAGCCAUUCGCAUGUUACUUUUGCAAAGUAUGUCCAUGUCAGGAAUUGCAUUGGUCACAAGAUGCGGAAAAGAGAUGUACACAUUGUUAUCAUAGAGAUUCUCAAUCCAAGGUAAUACUUCACAAUGAAUUCUUCGGGGAAAUUGAACGCGACUUUUCCACUAGCAUUAUGACCAAUACUGUUCGGCAAUUUGACACAUACGUCAGCCGGGGCGUUAUGCUUAACAACUACGCAAAUAUCUUCGGUCUGAUCAUGCAGAUGCGUCAAGUAGCAAAUCACCCAGACUUGAUUUUGAAGAAACAUGCCGAAGGCGGUCAAAACGUCAUAGUUUGCGGCAUCUGUGAUGAACCUGCGGAAGAACCGAUACGCUCUCGCUGUCGCCAUGAAUUUUGCAGACAGUGUGCCAAAGAUUAUAUUCGCUCCUUUGAAGUCGGGACAGAACCCGAUUGCCCACGCUGUCAUAUCCCGCUUUCUAUCGACUUCGAGCAGCCAGAUAUCGAACAGGAGGAUGAUCAAGUCAAGAAAAACUCCAUCAUCAACCGUAUCAAAAUGGAAAACUGGACAUCAUCGACGAAGAUCGAAAUGCUCGUUUACGAUCUUUUCAAGUUACGCAGCAAGAAGCGGACGCACAAGUCCAUUGUUUUCUCGCAAUUUACGUCAAUGCUCCAGUUGGUUGAGUGGCGUUUGCGGAGGGUGGGUUUUAACACAGUCAUGCUGGAUGGAAGCAUGACCCCAGCCCAGCGCCAGAAAUCCAUCGAGCAUUUCAUGAAUAAUGUCGAUGUUGAGGUGUUCCUUGUUUCUCUUAAAGCGGGAGGUGUCGCGUUGAACCUUACUGAGGCAUCGAGAGUCUUCAUCGUGGACCCAUGGUGGAACCCGGCAGCCGAAUGGCAGAGUGCAGAUCGAUGUCACCGAAUUGGCCAGCGACGACCGUGUGUGAUAACUCGACUCUGCAUCGAGGAUUCCGUGGAAUCGCGCAUGGUUUUACUCCAGGAGAAAAAAGCCAAUAUGAUCAGAGGCACGAUUAAUAAGGACCAAAGCGAGGCGCUGGAGAAGUUGACGCCGGAAGAUAUGCAGUUUCUGUUCCGGGGAAAUUGAGAAAGAACGAGUUUUGAUAUAACUCCAGUCGGUGUAGUAUUUGGUGAUUGUGCUAUUAAAAUGAACGGCACUACGAUGGAUAUAUGUUAGUGUAUAAACUUGGACUUAGAAUUCUGAAUUUUACAUUUUAGUUAGCUAG